AUGAGGGACUAUAUCGUACCAAAUACUUUAUGUCCUCUGUCUUUGCCCGAGGCAACAUCUAUACAUUUGGAGGACGAAACGGAUCAAGACAAUACACACGAAUCUCACUGUCAGAGAGGAGACUAUAUGAAGCCAACAUGCCUGCUGGAUUCAAAGGAUGAUUUUUCUGUCCGGCAUGCUAUGACGGGCGCCGCCAUAUCUACCUUGUUGGCGGAGUGGAGAUUGAUCCGGAUACCUUCCAAAAGGUCACGUUUGAUCGGGUGGAUCGCUUCUAUAUUGACACUCAACAGUUUGAUCGUGUUGGAAAUCUCGGAAAUC